AUGUACAGUAAAACUAACAACUAUCAAAAAUAUGUUUGUGAACCAGAACAAAAUAUAAAUGCGAAUAUAUUAUCAUGUUAUUCAUCGUGUUGUGGAGAUUCUAUAAGAUCAGUAUGUAAGUGUGAUGUAUCAACUAAUAAAUGUUGUAAAUCUACUCAAGUACAAAAUGGUAAUUAUUGUAAUUCUAGUAAACAUCAAAUUUAUGAAUAUACAGGAACUACACAAAAAUGUAUUGUUUCGAAUUGUACAGAAUAUCUUGUCAGAUAG